AUGGAGCGCAUCGAGGGGGUGGCCGUGGGCCGUUGCGCAUCCUCGCCCAACAUGCAGCCGCUCACGAUGAACUACCGCCAGAACGGCACCCAGAGGUCCUGGAACUUCAUGAAGACUCAGGACAGUGUGGCCCUCCUCCUGUUCAACACGACCCGGAGGAGCCUGGUGCUGGUGAAGCAGUUCCGGCCGGCGGUGUACAUGAGUGAGCUGGAUCGCCUCUUCCCGGGCUUCCUGGCCUCCUUGGACACCAGGCCGCGGGCGCCGCCGGGGGUGCUGCCCGGCUCGGCGGGGGUGAUCCAUGAGCUGUGCGGGGGCAUCGUGGACCAGCCCGGGCUGUCGCUGGCGGAGGUGGCCUGCAAAGAGGCCUGGGAGGAGUGUGGCUACCUCCUGUCCCCCGCAGAGCUGCUCCUGGUCGCCAGCUACAAGGGCGGCGUGGGGCUGACCGGCUCCAGCCAGACCUUGUUCUACGCGGAGGUGACAGAUGCCCAGAAGGGCGGCCCGGGCGGAGGCCAGGCUGAGGAGGGCGAGCUCAUUGAGGUUGUGCACCUGCCUCUGGGGGAGGCCCAGGUCUUCUCCUGCAACCCGAACAUCCCCAAGACCCUCGGCGUCAUCUUUGGUAUCACCUGGUUCUUCCAGAACGUGGGCCCUGGCCUGGGUGUCCACUAG